UUUAUUGUUAUGCUUCCUUUAUACAGAAGUAGGGAAUUAAUUGCUUAUUUUCUGAAAAUUUCUACAACUUUUUCUCUUCCUAAUCUGUGUUUCUGUUCCUUAUCUGUUCAAAAGGAGAAGAAACUAAUUCCUUCAGAUUUUAUUGAAAUAUAUAAUAGGGAUCAAUGGUCAUUGGAAAUCCUUUCAAACUUUAUUGCAGAUUGUAAUAUUCAGCCAGACUUCAUCUCACAAGAUGAAGAAUGUCAACUUUUACAAGAAAUCGAACCUCAUAUGAAAAGAAUGCGAUGGGAGGAAGAACAUUGGGAUCAACAAAUUCAUCUUUAUCGCGAAAGAGAACAACUCAAAAUUUGGAGAACUUCAUUCCCAAAUUCAACGAGAAAAUCUCCUUAUGUUCAUAUUUUGGAUUUACAUGAAUGUGGGUUUAUUAGGCCUCAUGUGGAUGAAUCUAGAUAUUGUGGUGGAAUAAUAAGUGGCUUAUCCUUACUGUCUACCUCAAUAAUGCGGCUUGUUCAUACAAACCCUCAAUUGUCAAAUAUAUACAAGGCUGACUUAUUACUUCCAAGGCGCAGUCUUUAUCGACUAACUGGUUUAGCCCGUUUUGAAUUUACUCAUGAAAUCUUAGCUAAUGAAGAGAGUAAUUUUCGUGGAAAGUAUGUGCCGAGGCAAAGGCGAAUUUCUGUUAUCUGCCGAGAAUUUCCAACAUCUCAAAAUGAUGUUACGUCUUCAAAACCAGAAAAUCAAAUGAAAAUAAUUCCACAAUCAGAAUAA